GCUGAUCACACUCUAUCUGCUGCAUCUCAGGACCUAGCUGGUGAUGACCUAACACGCAGCGUGAAGAAAGUAUCGACCAGUUCUCUGGAGAGGAAUGUGCUAAGCUGGGAGGAAAGGUUCUUUGGAUUCUUGUGCCCAACAUGAACUUCUUUUGACUUAAAUUAUUGUCCUUUUAUGCUUGGGAGCCCAUAUUACUUCACGUGAGUAUCACUGGGUAAACAUUUACUUAGUUCACGCCUCUGAAAACGUGCCCUAAAACAAGAGUGAGUGUUAGCCGUACCUGAGGGUGUAUAAUUAUCACUUCUGCUUGGAACAGAUCAUUUCUAGUCGCAUAAGUUCACCAUGGACUUGGUGCAGAACUCUAGUCAGAUCAUGUGGGGACUGAACACUCGGUUGAAGGGCUUUCUGGAGCAGGUGAAUAGACUGCAGGAGACCAACCAACAAUUGGAAGCCCAGAUAGCAGAGAGGGGCAUGAGAAACACCUUGCGUUGUCAAGACUGGUCCAAGCAGGAGGAAGCUGUGAAAGAACUUCGUGCUCAGGUUGCCAAACUCCUAUUGGAGAACGCUGAGUUGGCAUUGCAGUCUGAAAGCAUGAAGUCCAGAGCUGCUGCUAUCCAGACCAGGUGUGAAACAGAACAGCGAAACACCAUGCGUCUUGAGGAACAGGUGGCUGUGUUGAGGGAGUCAAAGAUAAAGAAUGAGCAAAGCCGCAUGAUUCUGCUGGCAGACAUUAACCACUCCAUGACAGAGCUUCAUGAUAUAAACCAAGAGUAUGAGGCAGCCCGAGCUCUGCAGUUGCAGCGAUUUCCCUCCUGUGAUGCUCUAUUAGCAGCCACCAGGGUAGAAGGUAAACAGGAAGAGGAUGGCACAGGGAUGGAGCUCACCAAACUCCUCGAUCAAAUCAGAGCUCAGUGUAACCUGAACAGACUUCCCAACCACAAUGAGAGGCACAGAUAUCCUGGACCGAGCCAAUCUGAAGCUGGAGCUACAGCAUCAACAUCAUCAACAACAACACACAGUGGAGCCUUCAUCGAGGAGGAAGUGGCAUGGACACAAGUUAACCUCGGCAGCAAUGCACUCGUAGAGGCUCGGGCAGAGUUAGCUGAAGCCCGAAAGCAAUGGCACUCUCUGCAGGUGGAGAUUGACACCUUACGUGCCUUGGAGAAAGGCCUGGAGAACUCCCUACAGAACACCCAGCAGCUGUACUCCAGCCAGUUGCAGGAACUUUCCCAGGUGAUCACUGGGCUGGAGAUUGAGCUGGAGCAAGUCAGAAACGGGCUGGCCAUGCAGCGUCAGCGCCACAGUCAGAUGCUCAACACAAAAAUACGACUGGAGCGAGAGAUCUCCACUUAUAGACGACUGCUGGAACGAGAAGAGGGCAGGUACAUGAGCGCAGGUGAACAACAGUUGAGAUUGCAACUCUUGAGAUCUUCUUUGGUAGAAGCGAAUAAAAAGGGUGCUGAAAACAGCUUCAAUGACUCCUCGAUCACUCCGGAUGAACCAAAAUCCGAGCCUCUGCCUGAAACAACUCCACUCCUACAAAAGGACAGCAAACCAAAGGAAAGCUCCAUACUCCAUCGGCCACAGAGCCUUGUCAUACUGACAGAACCAGAACAAGAAAAACAAUUACCAAUCGCCACUGUAAGGACUCAGGAGAUUCUUCAGGGUAAUAUAGUGCAAGAGAGUGCAGAGGGCCAUGGCACUGUUGAGACGGAAAAGAUUGACAAGGUCAUCAAGCAGUGGGAGAGCUCCUUCUUCAGGGGCAAUCCAAAACUUCGCAAGAAGUCUGUGUCCCUGCGCUUCGACCUGCACAUGGCGGUAGCAGAUGAGGGGUGCGCCCAAAUUAAACAGGACAGUCUUCCAGAUGUUGAGGUCCGUCUCAUCAUGAAAAGAUCCCGGAGCAGUGCGGCUAUCACCCCGUGAAUUGUGGGAUUUACCCGGUGGGUGAAGACUUUGACAUUAAUCAAUUGCAUGCAAAUUGAUUUGAUACUGAAGUUGCCGAAAAACCAGCUCAGAAGAUACAUUUGACUUGUUGCAGAAAUCACUCGUCAAUUCAUUAGCAAUUCAAUGUUCAUGUUUCUUUCUUCCUUUUUUUUUUUUUUUUUUUUUUUUGGUGUAACAUUUGGGUGUAAUAAACAUACCAUAUGUAUAACAUAUAUAAUAUAUCAAAGUAUUUGAGUUAUAAACAAAGAUGUGUUAAAAAUUGAGAUUGUGAGACUUGAAGAUCUUUUACAAUGGUUGUCUUAUAUGUCCUGGAUUACCAGAGCUCAUGUUAACUUUGUGCAAUUUUCAAAUGGCAGUCAAUUGAACCUACUCCGGUCAUUAUUUUUUCUAUAUUUGUAGUGAUUAUAGACAUACUCCAGUUAUUGUUUUAGCUGUGUCCCUGAGUGUUUGCAUAACUAAACCAUAACACACUUGUGUGUGCUUUGUGUGGUUGUAUUACAGGUAAUGAUUUCAUGCUACAAAGCUCACAAAUGCAAAAUAUUGUUGCUAGGAUAUCGCUGUUAUUCAUAGCAUUACUCAGGCACACGCUCACGUCCAAGGAUAGUCGGUUUAAUUAUUUUUGUGGUCAGGCACAGUACCCUUUUUAACCAGAGAGUGGCAGCCUUUGUACAUAUACUGUAGUUUUUUGUUGUUUUGCUUUUUUUUUUUUUUUUUUUUUUUUUUGCUGUACAGUUCUGCACUACGUUAUAUAUAACUGUGGAAAUGCAACAUAAGAUGUCUGUCAAAUAAGACCAAGGGCGCAGGUUUGCAUAGGAAUGAUAGGGACAUAACACUACCAACAUUUCAGGAUGCGCAAAUUGUCCCCACCAACUUUUAAACAAUCUUAUUUGGAUUGUAAUGGCUUCAGUUAUACAAAUAAUUAAGAUCGUCUUAUCAUAUGUUGUAAGGAUAGAAUUGACACUACCAUUAUUAGGUGAAUUAUUUUCAUUAUGGUCAGACUUACACUACCCCAUUUCACUUGCUGAAUGUGCCAGUUCAUUUUUUCCCCCUGAAACACACACGCACCCACAGCCCCGACAGAAAUACAAAAUGCCAACAACAGAAAACAUGCCGCCUCCUCCGCCCCCUUUGAGGAGGAGGGAUAUAGAAAAAAACUUUCGGCCAGCAGCAGAAGCAGCCACUAAUGUAUAAAGACGUCAAUGUUGUGGAGGCGGGGAACACACUACUAAUUUUGGUACUGAAACUCCGGCCUGCAUCAUAGUUAGCAUAACAUUAACCUGUGUGAAUUUGCUGACCUACAAUACUCGAGUAGGAAAAUGCUUGGAGAGAAGUGUCCUAAUAUAUGUGUUUUCUAAUGUUAAUGUUAAUUAAACUGUGAGAAAUCGAUGUUUACUUCCUUCUCCCGAAUUUUCAUUUUUAAUUUAUUUAUGUGGUCUAAAACCAGCCCAAAGGAGCUUUCCUUUUUGUUUAGUUUGGCUGUGCUUGUGAACAAAAGCAGUAGUGUUUUACCUGAAGGAAGGCUCCAGUUGUAUUAAUUUUUUUUUUAUUCCCCGAUUUAGACGUUUUUUUAGUUAAAUUUAAUGUAUUUAGACAGACAAUGUUGAGUGGUCAUAAGACAAAUGUUUAUUUUGUGCAUUCCUGAUUAGUUGAGAGAUUAUUAACAAGUUUGUAAUUAUUGUAUAUGUUUAUAUAAUUCAAGUUAUGUUCAAAUAUUGUAAUUUAAAUGUGCUGAUAAAAUCCAGACGUUUAUUCUGGAAGCUUUGAAAAUGUUUGUUUAGUAGGUUCUGAAAACAAAGGUGUGAAUCGAACAGUGUAUCACCUGAACAAAUACAUAUGAAAGUACAAUAAUACAAUACGGAUUUAUUAUGCAUUGAUCAUUUAGCCUAUCGAAUAAUUAGGUUCAUAUUCAUGAGAAAUGUAGCCCUGACCCCCGUUCACCCAAUCUGUUUGGUCUUAUAAAUGUCCCGUCCCCAGCAAAAAGUGUACAUGCAGGUUAUGCUGUUAUAUAGUCCCUACCAAUGUUGAAACAUUCAUUCUGGCUGAAAAAUGCUCACCCUCUGUGUUUUGUAGUAGGCCUUCUAUUGUAACAGCUGAAUGCUUUCUUUUCAUCUUAAAAAUAAAGUGAAAAUGAUGCAAUGCUGAUGGUUAUGAUUAACAUUGGUGCAUUUCGACAGAAGCUUAACAUGUUUAUUCAUCAUAACAAAAAGUACAUUGCCAAAAUGAACAGAAGACAGUUUAAAAUGUACAGUAGUGCAAUACAGGAAAUAGUGUUAUCCAGUUUAUCCCUGCGAGGUUUUUGCUUUGAGAUUACACUAAUUUA